AUGUCCAACAUAGAAGUCCAGAUUUUAAAAGAUAAACUUGCUCAGCUUGAAAAAGAGAUUCAAGAAAUCGAUGUGUUAAAUACCGAGUUAUUGAGUUUAAGACCUAACGCUCAAAUCAUGGCAAGCUGGGAAUAUACUCACAAAGAGUUUCCAAAGGUUCCUACCUUGGAAGAAGUAGAUAAGUCAGACGUGGAAGCUGUGAAAGCAGCAAAGGAUCAACAAGUUCGAGAAUAUUGGAUUAAAGUAAUGGAAAUUCGAUUAGUUCGGAAUCAGCUAAUAAAAUGUUACAAAACAGAGGGAGUUAAUCAUUAUAAGAAUUGUAAAAAGUUGGCAGAUCUAUAUGUGGAACUGCUUAAAGAGUACAAUUCAUCAAAAGAAAAGCGAUAA